GGCACAUCCGCGUCAUCAUCUCGGCAGCCUAACCAAUGCAGUAAGGUCAUUAUAAACUUGCUGGGUCGCAUUAUUCGAAUAGGGGCCGUCUUCCCUGACCAACUACAUCAACUGCGGUCUGCCAAUACCGACGAUAAUAAGCCAAAGAUGUCUGAGGUCGAUUCCAUCGCUAUGGCAGUUAGGGGGAAAGAGAUCACCGGGCUGGAUAUUUAUCAGACGAGUGCAGAGAGCAUCACGGCAGUUAGGGUAGAAGAGUUAGUUUCUGAAAUGAACGCAGAUCAACCCACCGGAGGCACAGACAUGGCAUAUGGGAAGAAAGACACCCAGCAUCUACGCUUUUGGAAGACCACAUCAUCCAAGGCUCCCAUUAUUAUCUUCGUCCAUGGCGGCAGUUGGCGAUCAGGAACAAAUUUGGAUUUAAUUGGCUCAGCCAAGGUUGAUCAUUUGAUCAGCAAGGGCUAUGCCUUUGCUACCGUCAACUACACACUCAUCCCCUCCAUCACUGUCGAAGAGCAGGUGCAGGAGGUGGCCGACUCGGUAGGCUACCUGGUCAAGAACGCAGCUAGACUUGACUUUGAUCCCGACCGGGUCAUUCUGAUGGGGCACAGUUCCGGUGCGCACGUUGUUACCCUAUUGGGGACUGAUCCAAGUUACGUGGAGCGUGCAGGAAUCAGUCUUGAUAUCAUCCGCGGUGUUAUCUCCCUGGAUGGCUCGAAUUACAACGCACUUGCUGAAAUCACCGACAGUCCUGGGCCAGUCGCGGACAACACAAUUUACGGACUCGGUAGCGAUCCCGAGCGACUACACGCUAUGUCACCUACUUAUCAUGCUCACGCGCCUAAUGCCGGUGCUUUCCUGCUUCUCCAUGUCCAUAGACAAGGGGGUGUUCGCCAGGCAGUUGAACUAGUUGCGGCGCUGAAGGCUGCAGGUACGGAUGCUGUUCUGCGCGUGUUCGAGGGUCAGGGGUUCGAAGGCCACGUCCAAAUGCUUCUUCGGCUGGGUGACCCGGCCUAUCCGGCGACUUUGGUUAUGGAUGAAUGGCUCAGAACACACGUUCCAGUCGAUUAGUAUCUCAGCAAAGAGCGGUUGGCCGCGUACCCAUUUGACUUACUCUUCUGCGGACGGUUUCAAUGUGCUCAAUACAACCGGUUGGGCUGGACGGGUUCGCUGGGAUUGGCUCGCGUUUGAAGUUCUGUGUCUAAAUAUGCUUAAGCGACAGAUAUACACCUGAAAACACAUACGUCUUGAGAAUUUCAGUCCUUCCAAAUGACGCUUCGAAGACUCGAUCCUUGAGUUUGGGUCAAUCAGCCCAAUAAUAGAUCAAAUGGGGACACGAUCACGGAUCUAUGUCAUAUAUUUCUCAUCCCAGACUACCCUACUAUCCAUGCCUCUCCGCAGGUUUGGAUCAUGAUGCAUUGAGUACAGCUGAGCGGAGGGGAUCUCUACCUUUCAUAACUUGUGGAUGUAUGUACUUAAAUGUCUUAAGUGGUGUCCAGUGGGUGGGGUAUGGCUACUAAACUUUUCUUAUAUUUAUAUUAACCACUGGGUGCGCAGCCCAGUGUAGCUACGCAAUAGUUAUUGAGCAAGUUUCAAAGUAUUCUCA